GUCAAAUCAACAUAACCAAAUAAACCAACCAACCAAAACUUGUGGCGUAACAAAAACUGAUUAAAUAUAUAUUAUUUCCAAUUAUUUCUGCAUAUUUUGCAGUUGAAAAAUAUAUGAUACAAUGACAUUAGCUGAAUAUGUGGCCUCACUGUCACAGAAUCCAUAUUUCGGUGCUGGUUUCGGCCUGUUUGGUGUCGGGGCAGCGGCGGCUAUUGCACGAAAAGGUUUUCAAACAUCUACAAUAUUAUUUCGAAGACAUUGUAUGAUAACUCUUGAAGUGCCAUGCCGCGAUAAAUCUUACCAAUGGCUACUACAUUGGAUCACAAAGAAGGGAGCAAAACAAACCCAGCAUCUUAGUGUAGAAACUUCUUUUCUUCAGAAGGACACAGGUCAAAUAAAGACUAAAUAUGAUUUCAUACCUAGUGUUGGCCAGCAUUUCUUUAGAUAUGGUGGAACAUGGAUAAAAGUGGACAGAACUAGAGAGCAACAAACUAUAGAUCUGCACAUGGGCAUUCCAUUUGAAACUGUUACUUUAACAGCCUUUGGGCGAAACAAACAGCUCUAUUAUGAUAUUCUUGAAGAAGCAAGAACGAUGGCUCUAAAAGAGCAUGAAGGCAUGACAGUGAUGUACACGGCGAUGGGGUCUGAAUGGCGGCCGUUCGGACAUCCUCGAAGGCGGAGACCCCUUGAAAGUGUAGUGCUGAAAUCAGGGCUGACAGAGAAAAUCCUAACAGACUGUCUGGAUUUCAUUGACAAUCCCCAUUGGUAUACUGAUAGAGGAAUACCAUACAGAAGAGGCUAUCUGCUUCAUGGGCCACCAGGUUGCGGUAAAUCCUCUUUCAUAAUGGCUCUGGCUGGACAGUUGGAAUACAACAUUUGUGUGUUAAAUCUAUCUGAGAGGGGCCUCACUGAUGACAGAUUAAACCAUCUUCUUAGUGUAGCACCCCAACAAUCGAUAAUACUCCUCGAAGAUAUUGAUGCUGCAUUCGCAUCAAGGGAAGACACGGCCAAACAGAAGGCCGCCUACGAAGGCCUCAACCGAGUCACCUUCAGCGGCCUACUCAACUGCUUGGACGGCGUCGCGUCCACUGAAGCGAGAAUAGUCUUUAUGACUACUAACUAUUUAGAAAGGUUAGACCCAGCGCUGAUUAGGCCAGGGCGCGUGGAUAUGAAGGAGUACGUAGGCUACUGUGAACAAAAACAAGUGGAACUAAUGUUUCUAAGGUUUUACAAAGAUCCUGGGCACGCUAAAGUAUUUGCACAAAAGGUUAUGGAGAAACAGAGGGAUGUUAGUCCAGCACAAAUACAAGGCUACUUCAUGUUCCACAAACACUCGACGCCAGAGGAAGUAUUAAAUAAUGUGGACGCGAUAUGGACGCUAGGAUAGUACUGUGAUGUAAAGCUAGUCUUAGAAAAUAAUGAUAAAGGCACUGUAAUAAGU